AUGACCAUCCCACAUGAAAAACCAGUCUCUGCAGCCACAUCUUCAGAAUUAGAAGGUAUAAAAAGCGUUGAAGACGAUGAGAGGGCCAUGGACGCCAAUGCUUGUGGCUGUUUUCAGAGUCUUUCUUGGCUUAGGCUGAGGGGAAAAAGUGGCGGCUCGUACGUAGUUUUGUUGGAGAGGCAGAAGUCAUCAAGAGAAAAUUGCUUGGCGAAGAUAGGGAAGAAGUUAAAGAAAAUGAAAUGCAGGGUUAUGGAAGAUGGAAUGAGCAAGAAGAGGAGGGUGGUGGAGUUUCGUUAUGAUAUGCAAAGUUACGCGCUUAAUUUUGAUGAUGGAAUUGGCAGAGAAGUGGAUGGUGCACGUGUUUGUUUUUCUACUCGAUUUUGCAGGAUUAAUGAAGGAUUGGGUCAUCAACGAGUAGAAGGUGGUUGA